AUUCAGUACACGGAGGUUAGUUAUUCAAACACAAAUUGAACUAACCUUCGUGUAGGUACUAAAAAAAGUGUUUUUGUUUAUCUUAUCAGACUAACGACAAAUAAAUGAUUCGUUACUUUCACAUUUGUCAUUUAACAAUAGAAGAGGAAAAUGCACUAGAGGUGGUGCCAAUACUGCUUAUCACUAACAGAUAGUGGCUGAUACAGCAUUUUAUUGUGUCAUAUGCCUGUUGUAAUUAUCCUAUGGUCUGUGAUUAUCCUGUUUUAGAUGUUGUUAGUUGUUUAGUUGUGUUUCGUUUGGUAGACAAGAUCUGUAACUAUGAGCAGUAGGUCGGGAUGCGAUAUAUGUGUUUGCAAGGAGGAUCUUCCAAACCACAAAGGUUCUCUUCAACAUCGCUUCAACUUUGCAUUAUUUGAGUGGACUAAAUAUAGACGAGCAAUUGUCAAGAACCGAAAUGGCAUAGAAAUUGAGGUAAAACUCCAUAACAUAGAAACGAAUCGAAAUGAUUUGGUGUAUAAGUUUGAAGAAAAAAAGGGUCGUCAUGGAAUGACGGUGUUGGAACAGCGUGCUAGAGAUGAAAUGGUACAAAACAAUGGGAUCAGCUAUAUCUUCACUGUAUUAAAUAAGCAGCGAUCUAAAAGUAUUUUCUUAAUGGGUACAAUGCUUUUACAUCCAAAUAAUAAUUUUAAAUUGGAGGAUUUUGAAGGAAAAAUGACAGAAAAUACUAUUUUACAACUUGAACCAAAUGCCUCAUACAGUUUUAAAGUUACAUUCAACUUAAAUCGUGUAAAAGUGAGUACUUUCGCCAUGCCCGUAGCUAUACAUCUGCAGACCGAACGUCUUGAAAAUUUUACUAUAUCUCGAGAAAUGCUUAUUAACAUUAUUGGAGCAUUGGAAUUUAAUCAAGAGGUGACAGUUGCAAGCAAAAGUCCUUUCACAUCUGCAUUAUGGCAUCAAGAAAUAAGUGAAUGGAAUGAGCCAUUGGUCAGAAUUCCGUUUCAAAACACUUUUACCAUUCCACCAAAAUAUGAUAAAAUCGUUAAGAUGGGAAUUACAAGAUAUCAGAGCAUAACGCCCGAAGAAGAUAUUUCAUUGCGACAUGUUGAGCAUUUAUUACAUCCCGGCUAUGUGACACAACAUAAUUAUAAGGAUUUCUUUCAUAUUGCUCUGUGGGUUGAUGAAAAGGGAGCAGAGUUAAUGUUACAGCGAUAUAAUAUGGAAAAUGUUAAUAUCACAGUUAUACAGAAGACCUUAUUGGAAUUGGAAGUUCCCGGUUUGGCAGAGAAACGGCCUUCUCUCAUUAGGGGGGAUGUUGUUAAUCUAAGAUUGCAUGGAGAUCAUAUUGGUUAUAAAGGAGUGAUAUCAAGAGUAAAUAAUUUGAGCAUUUACAUUCAAGGUGUAGACGAGUUGCUUAUAGAAUAUAUUAGGAGUAAUCCUGAUGCAGAAAUUGACGUUUCCUUUAAACUUGGUCGGCUUCCCUAUGAAAGAAUGCACAACGGUGUGGAUCAUUGCGUCAGUAGCGGUAUGACCAACUACUUAUUCCCUGAUAACAUUAUAUCAAAUGUGGGUAUUUUGGCUGGCCGACGUUUACCGGACACUGAGUUUUUUAAUCCUGCUAUUAGGGGAAAUCCAGAGCAAAGAAGUGCUGUUGAAAGUAUUUUAUUUAGAAGUAAUUUUGCACCAUAUAUAGUUUUUGGACCCCCUGGAACCGGAAAAACUAUAACCAUUGUGGAAGCUAUUUUACAGCUAGUCAAGAAAAUCCCAGGGGUGGUGAUUUUAGUAUGCGCUCCUGCAAAUGCAGCUUGUGAUAUGUUGGCAAGUAAACUAAUCCAAUCAAAACGCUUAACCGAAAAGGAAUUGAUUCGCGUACACACGGAUACCAGAGAAUGGGACACGGUACCGGAAGAUGUCAAGGGCUAUAGUAACUAUGUGGACGGCGAAUAUAUCAAACCAAGAGGAUUCGAAUUAAUGAAGUACCGAGUCAUUGUUACAACACUAAUUUUAAGCGGAAGGUACCAGAAUGACCGUUUGAAACCAAAUUAUCUCUUUAUUGAUGAAGCUGCCCAAGCAAUGGAACCCGAAGCAGGUGCUAAAUAA